CUUCCGUACCCUUGCUAUCCCAUUCUACAAGCUCGUUUGCUGCUCGCUCAUUGAUUUAGUCCUCGCCAUGCCAUUCAUUGCUCGCUCCUAUGAUAUGAUUCUGAUAAACUUAUAAACUUAUUUGAAAAGAAGUCUUGACUAGCAUGGUAGCAAAAGAAAGCAAGCCUAGCAUCUAUUUUCUCUAGUCCAAUUAGUCCCCACCAUUAAUCUAUUCAGUUCCCAAGUACUCCCUUCUCCUGCUGCUGCGGAACCUCUACCUUGCCAAAUUCCCAUAAGUCGACCUUUACCUACUACCACACAACCCAAAAAGUCCAGUUUUACCUCCUACUUACCUACUAUAACGUUCCAUCCAUCCAUCAAACAUACAUCAUACAUCUUUUUUUGUUGCGCGCCUUCCCCAGCAUAAUAUAAUAACCAUUGCAAUUGCAGUCUUUUGCAUACGCCUCGUGUUUAUCCCCCUCUUCGGCAUUGCAGCGAGCAUUUCCCAGCAUCUUUCUCCCAGCAUUUAUUCCUUCCCUCCCUUGUCGCAUAGGUAAUUGAUCAUCUUCUGCCCCAUCUACCGCAGACGGCCACCACCAUACCAUCAUCACCAAGAUCAACCACCACCACCACCACCAUAACGACCACAACCACCACACUUAGAAGUGCGUGCAUCUUGCCUCCAGCUGUGCGUGUCUAGCAUUAGCUCAAACAAAUUUGAAAAAUAUUCUCGCAUUCGAAACUCCAUAUUUUUGGGGGGGAAAAAAAUCAAAAAAAUCCAGCCAGGCUCAAUCUGCUGCUCCUGCAGAUUCCGCAGGGUUCAUAUAUUUAACGCUGCCAGGAACCACUCUUCGCUUUGCUUAUCAUGCAUGCAGUAUCCCGCUCUUGAGGCUUUCAACGUCCUUGAUAUUGUACACCUUACGCAAGGUUUUGUACCAUAAACAACUCCAAUUGCCUCAGAUUUCUGGAACUUGAGGAAACACCAGGAAAUUUAUUCGUUUAAAUAUCAUAUAUCAUAGAAUGCACGAAUCUAUGAUGGCCCAUAUUGGCAUGGACCAUGAGCAAAAUCAUAAUCCACAGGAAAAUGGAUACGGCGGUGAAGGUUGGCCGGAAAUGGGCAACGGCUACAGUUCAUCACAGCAUCAAUCACCAAUCUACGAAAAUAGGAUUCCAUUUGAGUAUAUGCAAUCUCAUCAUCCAAUGCCUACUGAACCUCAAUAUCCAAGGAUGCCACCUCCACCGCCGACAUAUCCCACACAUCACCAGCAACUCCUUCCUCUCAUCAUGCCAAAUAAUCCCACGUGGCCGAGCAUGUUGACAAAUCCGGCGAACUCCCAAGCACCACCUGUUGCAAUUCCUCCAGCGAACUCUGGAAAGCCUGCUCAAAAACUUCCAGCGAUUCAUGCUGCUCCGACUCCAAGGAAGACACUGACUGAUAGUGAUCGAAGGCGGAUGUGUCAAUAUCAUGAGGAUAAUCCUACUGUUAAGCAGACCGAGAUUGGAGGUAGGGCAUAAAAAAUUCUUCUAGUGAUCUUCUUGCUAAUUUAAGACUCUUAGCUAUGUUUGGUGUCGAACGAAGGUAUAGUUUAUAGUUGGCAUUUGGUCCUGAUCUUGACUAAAGAAAAAUCCCAGUACCGUCUCCAAAGUUUUACGCCAAAGAGAAAAGUAUCUUUUCCCUGAAGAUCGAAGCUUGUCUCCAGUUAAACGGGCCAAAGGAAAAUUCCCUGAUAUCGAGAGAGCCCUUUCGAAUUGGGUUCGGAAUACCCAAAAACAGGGGAUUCCUCUUACCGAUGCUGCGAUUAAGGAGAAGGCCAGAUUUUUUGCCACCACUGUUGGCAACAACGAGAGUCACUUAAAAACAAAUAGUACAAGUUGGCUAGAAAAAUUCAAGCAAAAGAAUGGCAUCGGUCACCUCAGACGAAGGGCAUCCGCGGCCGAUAUUGGUAGUCUUUCCGAACGUAUGGCAAUCAAUAUUGACUCAAGUAGAAGUUCCGGAUCGCGUACAUCUAAUGGUGUCUCACCUUCUUCGCCAUUACAGUCUCCUUUGCUAUUGGCGUCCGCGAAGAGUAGUGAGGACCUCAGGUCCCAUCAUAUGCAUGAUAGCUUGAACAGCUAUUUUGACUUUACUCAAACGACGAGCUUCAAGCAACAUUCAAAUUCUCACAGCACAGCUUCAUUGUCUAGUGCGUUUACCGACAAUAACCCUUCGUCAUUCUCAGGGGGACCGACUAGCCCAACAACCCCAUUCGCAUUUUCUCCUGAUGGGAGUUCUGGAUCUUGGAUGCCAUCUCAGCAAUCUCGGAUAACACAACAGCCGGCCAACGGAAGUGGAAACUCUAAUACUGAAGAUAGUAUGAACAAUGGGAUGGACGCAAAUAACCCUGCUAGCAAUUUUCAACGUCCAAGAAGCCAAACCUUCCCCACUUUAGCGAUUGAUCCUUCAUUCAUCGCCUCGCAGGGUACAGAUCCUAUGACCCCAAAAUACAAUCUACCGGACACAGCCCCUUCAUCGGCCGUCGAAUCGCCUGUUCAUGAACUAGGCGCUCCUUUUGGAUUGGAUUCUGCAAUAUCGCCACGUUCUUUACAUCAUAGCAGCAGUAACAGCUCUAUGGCUCCUCCACCGGCAUCACAUACACCGAUUAGCGGAUUGCAAUCGCCUCCACAUCUCUCAACACCGAACUCACCUACCCAGGAUGAUGCACGCCGAGCGCUUGAUACGUUGCUCAAUUUUUUUCAUCAAGCUCCUACUGGAUUGGUGGAUCAAAAUGACUAUCUGACGGUUUUAAAACUGACUGACAAGCUGCGAAUACAGCAACAAAGUCCCGGACCUUUACCAGGCGGUUUGCAUCGGAUCUCGGAACAGGAGGACUGCGAUAACCAGCCACAAAAUAUGAAGAUGGAGCAAUCCACGGCCUGUUAACUAACAAUGAGUUUCGCAUCUCUUUUAUAUAUGCGUUUAAUAUCUAUGUAAUUCAUGGCAUUUAAAUAUACGGUUCCAAAGUCAACAUUUCUCGGCGUUAUUUCCAUCAUAUCUUUUCAACUUGUAUAUGAAAAUACCCGUCUUCAUGUUCUUCGUGUUAUCUACAGCGGCCUCGCACCUCCUCUUGCGUUUUAUAUUUUGAUUGCUACGAUCAAGCAGGAACUGCAAUUGAGGGCGAGUUGCAUACCCGUCGCGACCAAAAUCGGAGGUCCGGAAAGGAACCGAAAAAAAAUCAGGACAUGUUCUCGGAUGAAAUUUAUAUACCCAAACCAAGCUCAAUCGGUUUCAAGAUUUUGCUUAUUUACAUCUUCGACGCUCACGCGAAAUCUCUAGCUCAGUACGACUUGCUUGUUUCUCGCGUUUAAUUCUUUACAAAUCUUAUUUCGCCGUCUUUCAUACGGCUUUCUGUUAUAUAUGCGCUCUGGUGCCCUUUCAACGCUGAGGCACUCGCUCUUCAUACCCUACAUAGCACGUUUUCGUUUUGUACCUUUAGGCGGGCUUUUUAUUCCUCUUCAUGUGUGUGUCUCCUUGUCUUUAAGAUUCUUCGGAAUCGAAAUUGAUGGAACAAGUUUUUUUUUUCAUUUUCUGCGACAUUGAUGCUGCAGAGUUCAAAUUCAUAUUCCCCGACAAUUUUGAUUUAUAUCCUUGGGGUUUUUUUACAGUAAUGUACGGCUUGCUUGUCUUGUGUCUUGUGUCCUGUGUUAUAAC